AUGGCGGGUUUGAAGGAAGCUGUGAAAUCUGAUAGCGUUAUUACAGCAGCCCUUGGUGGAGAGGCAAAUUUCUAUUGCAACUUUUCGCUCUCGAUGGAUGUUUUGCAAGUCACCUGGCAGAAGAUAAACGGGUCUUCCUUCCAGAAUAUAGCCACCUACAGUCCAAAGCACGGGUUGAGGCUGAUAGGGUCAUUUCAGAAGAAGGCGCGUUUCACUAGAGCAACCCUGAAGGCCUCAGCUAUCACACUCCAAAAUCUCACAUUCGAGGAUGAGUCCUAUUACAGAUGCAUUUUCAGCGUGUUCCUUCAUGGCUCUUUCAACAAAGAUAUAUACCUCAACAUCCAAAGUGUUCAGAAGAGCAUAAUCAUCACGGCCAUCUUCAUAGCUGUGGUGUUCUUAAUAGUCUUGAUAUAUUGCAUCAUAAGACUAAUCAACAGAAAAAAGAAAAAACUGAAGAGACAUAGUGCACGCAGAACACCUGCAGAGGAGCAAGGCUUACACCAAGACCUAAGCGAGAAAGCCAUGAGCCUGCACAUGCCGAAGGACCAGCAUGUUGUUUACGAAAACGAGGAGCAGACACCAGGCUCCUCAUUUCACAAAAGGCUACCAGGUCUGAAGAGAAACCUGAGAGAGAAAAAAAAUUGCAGGUGCUCGUUUUCAGAGGAAGCUGAGAACCUGAACAGCAACGUCCACGGCGUGUUUGAGAGGGGACCUGUUGGGUUAUGCGUCAGGGAGCUCGGCUGCACACCCAUGAAGGAGGACAGAGAGGCAACGGCAG